AUGUCCUCCCGCACACUCCACCUCUUCCGCUCCACCCGCCUCCAACGCAUCUCUCCCGUCUCUUCUCUGCGCAAUCUCUCCACUACUCCCUUCCGCAUGAUCAAAGAAGACGCCUCGCGCUCCCCCGAAGAGCUCGAACAAACAAAGCAAGACCAACUCAAAGCCCAGAGAGAAGGAAAGGGCCAAUGGAACGAGAAGCUUGCUUCGGCUGGCGAAGCUUCGAUUACUGCUGACAAGGAGAAUGUUAAGGAUCAUGACAGCCACAUGGAGGAGUUGCAGAAGGAGACUGCUGGCCAGGCGGAGAAGGAGCAUCCGCAGGGAAAGAAGAACUAA